AUGGACGCAACCCUUCAAAAGGCGCUCCUCGAUCGCGUCUACGACAAACGCAAAGCAGCUACCCUCGAUCUCGAACGUCAAGUCCGCGAAUGUCUCGCCAAGGGUGAUCGAGCACGAGUCAACCUCAUCGUCCAACAGCUUUGCUCCUUCCUCACCGCCUCGCCCCAAAACGUUAACGCUCGCAAUGGCGGUCUCAUCGGUCUUGCAGGUAUCGCCAUCGCUCUCGGUGUAGAGAUUGCACCUUUCUUGGAGCAGAUUGCCAAGCCGGUGCUGGCUUGCUUCAACGAUCCAGAUAGCAAGAUUCGCUACUUUGCAUGCGAGAGCUUCUACAACAUCGCCAAAGUCUGCAAGGGGGAGAUUCUUGUCUACUUUAACGAGACUUUUGAUGCUCUGUCUAAGCUAGCCGCUGAUUCGGAGCUUAGUGUCAAGAACGGCGCCGAGCUGCUAGAUCGCUUGUUGAAGGAUAUCGUUUGCGAAGCGGCACCUCGCUACGUCUCCCAGUUCCAGCAUAUCUCGCUUAUCCGUGCUCACCAGGAUUCACACGAUGGAGUAACAGGUGGCCUUGCAGAACUCGACGUUGCCCGCGAAAAGGCGCACCAGAUAGAUCAAGAGGGGACAGCAAGUAAUAAGGUCUUCUCCUUGGCACGCUUCAUCCCACUGCUGGCUGAGCGCAUGUACGUCUUGAGCCCAUUCACACGCAACUACCUCGUCAGUUGGAUUACCGUGCUUGCGUCCGUGCCGGAGCUCGAGCUGGUCAGCUACCUUCCCUCUUUCCUCGACGGCCUGCUCAAGUACCUCAGCGAUCCCAACACCGACGUGAGGGUAGCUACUGCAAAUGUUCUUGCUGACUUUCUCCGCGAGAUUCGACACGCUGCAGAGCUGGCUGCGAGACGACAGGCGUUUGAGCAACGCCGUGCUGAACGUCAGGAGCAUAAGAAAAGGAAGGGCAAGCAACACAGUAACAAUACAGCUCUCAUUGAUGCCCACUCUACCAAGGUGGAGAAUGACGACCAGGCUUCAGCACAGCAACAAGCCCAAGUGCAGCCCGGAAGCGCAAGUCCAAACAAGUUUCCAAGAACGCCACUUCAAGCUCCAACAAAGCCAAGGUCGGAAGGAGGAACUUCGCCUCUACCGCCCCAAACUGCCGAUCAGGACUCUACAGCCCUCGUCGCUGCAAAAAAAGACGCCGCCGCCGAUGUUGAUGAGAAUGAAGACGAAGACGACCAAGAAGAGGAUAUUUGGGUCGAAGGCACCGAAGUCCGAAUCGACUAUGCUUCCAUCAUGGAGAUUCUCAUCAAUCACAUUGGCUAUCCGGAUGAAGAGAUUCAAGCUACCACUUUACAAUGGAUCGCCGACUUCCUGCUGGUGGUCAAGGAUGUUGUAGUGCCUUUCACGCCACGUCUCAUCUCUGCUAUACUUCCAAGCUUGGCGCAUCACAGCCCUGCCAUUGCCAGUGCAGCACAUGCUACCAACAUCAACCUCUACCGUGUGAUUCAGGAUAUACCUGCGCCUUCUACACCGCCAAGUACUCGACCUGCGGUGGCAUCUGCAGCUCCGUUCCAAGGACACCGAACUACAGGUUCUACAUCGUCGGCUCGCGAUCGAGGCAAUGCAGGUAGCCCGACACAGCAUGGAAAUUUGAGCAGACAUGCUUCCUUGUCGAGGCCUUCAGGGUCUGCUCCAUCUGGUGCACUAUCACCCAGGCCGCGCGCGGGCACUAUCAGUGGAGAGCCAGCGUCAAGCAUUGCAGCCAUCAGUCUCUCCGACAAUGCUGCCACUCACGACGAACGCAUGGCUUCACCUAGCAUCAACGGCGUCGAUGCCACCCCACCCGAAGCUGACCCCUUCGACUAUCAAACCACCGUGAACGCGCUCACUCUGCAACUUCUCGACGAGCACGAAGAAACUCGUGUCACUGCUCUGGAAUGGCUUCUCAUGCUUCAUCGCAAGAUCCUCUCCAUGGACGACGGCACAUUCCCCGCACUCCUCAAGACGCUUUCUGAUCCAUCCGAGGAAGUCAUUCGUUGCGAUCUGCGACUGCUUGCUCAGAUCAGUUCCGCGUCCGAAGACUCCUAUUUCCACGCAUUCAUGGCCAAUCUUCUCUCCCUCUUCAGCACCGACCGUCGCUUGCUCGAAACCCGUGGUUCCCUCAUCAUCCGUCAACUCUGUGCAUCACUCCACACUGAACGAAUUUUCCGCACCCUAGCAGAAAUCUUGGAGAAAGACGAAGACCUCGAAUUUGCCUCGAUCAUGGUCCAAAACCUCGCCAUAAUCCUCAUCACUUCCCCCGAACUCUCCGAUUUCCGCAAGAAACUGCGCAACCUCGAUUCACGAGAAGGUCAAUUCCUCUUUGCCUCCAUCUACCGAUGUUGGUGUCACAACGCUGUUGCUGCUUUCUCCCUCUGCCUCCUUGCCCAGGCGUACGAGCAUGCGAGUAAUCUCUUAACCAUAUUUGCGGAGUUGGAGAUCACAGUGUCAUUGUUGAUACAGAUUGAUAAACUGGUGCAGUUGUUGGAAAGUCCGAUUUUCACGGCAUUGAGAUUGCAAUUGUUGGAACCGGAAAGGUAUCCGUACCUGUUCAAGUGUUUGUAUGGCGUCUUGAUGUUGUUGCCUCAGAGUUCGGCUUUUGUGACGUUGAGGAACAGGUUGAAUGCGGUGAAUGGGUUGGGGUUUUUGCACAGUGUUCCGAGGUCGAGUUAUGGAGGUAGUGGGAGGGGGACGAAGGGGGUGGGCGGGGCUGGAGGUGGAUCUUCGACGGGAGCGGGAGGAGGUGCAGGAGGGGGAGGAGGAGCAGCGGCAAUGUCAGAAAUCAAAUGGAACGAUUUGUUGCACCAUUUCAGAGUGGUACAGAACAAACAUGAGAGGGCGAGAAGACAAACUGCGAUGGGAGGCACGAUGGUGAAUGGAGGAACGCAGAUUGCGCCUGAUUAUGCCGCACCACGUGUUACUUCUGCUGCUUCCUCUACGGCUGUUGGAGGAGGGCGGAGAAGGGUGAGUCAAACAGCUACACCUCUCGCUGGAGCCGGAGCUGGGGGUGGCACGACUGGAUCUCUCACACCUUCAGGUUCAACGUCAGGCAGGUUUGGGUUGGGGCUUAGCUCAACUGCUACUUCAAGGGCUGGUGCAGGAGCGGGAAGCACCUCAGCUCCAAAUACAGGCACAAGCAGUUUCUUUGGAAUUCAUCUUCCUUCAUCAGCCACACCCACAGCUUCGGGUGCAACUGCUUCCGCAACUCGCACUUCUAGCCCUUCCACAGUUCGUAGACAGGGAUUGGGGCAACAAGCAGCUGCUGGCGGGGCAGCCAACACUUCUGCUCCUGGAUCUAGAAACCCGAGUAAAGGUUCUUCCUUGCGAUGA